AGCACUCUCUUUAACCGGGACAAAAGAACCCAACAAACAAUGAAGAAGCUCUUGUUAUUUGCAUUUUUCUUGAUUUUCUAUGCAAAUUUUCGGCUUACACAAUCAACAAAGCUCCAUACCCAAGAAGUGAACGUACUGAAGGAAAUUUGGGAAAAAAUAAGGAUUCAAGGAUGGGACUUUGACAAGGAUCCAUGCGGUGACCAAGGGGUCUGGUUCUACUAUGUUGAUUGCAAUUGUUCUUUCGACGGAAAUACCACGUGCCGUAUUACUAAAAUAGAUCUACAGCACGAGAAUAUCCCAGGAGGCAUUCCAUCUGAGUUUGCCAAGCUUGGGUUUCUUCAAAUUUUGGAUCUAAGGCUAAAUUACUUCAAUGGAACUAUACCGUCUGCAUGGGCCACCAUGAGUUUGAGCUACCUGAGACUUGAUGGAAACAUCUUAUCUGGUCCAUUUCCAACAACUCUCACCAAAAUGACCACCCUUCAAACAUUGACCAUGGAAGGAAAUCGAUUUUCAGGACCCAUACCCGAAGAGAUUGCAAACUUGACAUAUAUGACACAUCUUGAUCUAUCGUCAAAUGAUUUCACUGGUAAAUUGCCACAUGGACUAGCAAAACUUACCAACUUGAUCCAUCUGAGGUUAAGCGGAAACAACUUUACCGGAAAGAUACCAAGCUUUAUUGACAAAUGGACGCAAAUUGAAAUACUUCAUAUACAAGGUUGUUCUUUUGAGGGGCCUAUACCUUCUAGCAUCUCUAGCUUAAUACAUUUGACAGAUUUGAGAAUCAGUGACUUAAAAAGUGGAGCCUCUACUUUUCCGUCAGUAAAGAAAAUGCCAAACUUGACUACAUUGGUACUUAGGAAUUGUUUUAUUCAUGGGCAAGUUCCUAACUAUGUCGGAGAUAUGAAAAACCUGAAUAUGUUGGAUCUCAGUUUCAACAAAUUGACCGGGAAGAUCCCCUACCCAAGUACUAACCUGUCCUACUCACGUACUAACCUUCAAUACAUGUAUCUGACACAAAAUAAUUUUACUGGACCUAUACCUGAAUGGUUAAUUUCAAGCACCAAUGACGUGGAUGUUUCUUUUAAUCAUUUUACCUGGGAUGCUGCUUCCGGUCCAAAAUACUGCCCAAAAGAUACAACUAACAUUGUCGAAGGUUAUUCUUCGUCCCCAAAUGUAUCCAUCAAUCCUUGUUUAAGAAAAGAUUUCCCCUGUACUAAAUCAUUUAAAGAGCAAAUCUAUUCACUUCACAUCAACUGCGGGGGGGAAGAAGUACAUAUCAACAACAACAAGUUCGACGAUGACAAAGAUGGGAAAUGUGCCUCAUCAUACUACAAUGAUGGAAAUUGGGCGUUUAGUAACACCGGGAAUUACAUUGAUUAUCAGGGGGUUUCUAGUCUUAAUAUGCUUUCGAACAAGUCUAAUCUGCAUAAUAUAUCCAUGUACGAUAGCGAAAUAUAUAAAACAGCUCGCGGAUCAGCUAUUUCGCUAACAUAUUAUGGAUUGUGUCUUAUGGACGGGAACUAUACUGUCAAACUCCACUUUGCAGAGAUUAUUUUAACCCAAGAUAACUCAUCUAACAUCCUUGGGAAACGUGUAUUCGACGUUUAUGUGCAGGGGGAGUUAGUGUUGAAAGAUUUUGAUAUAGCAAAAGAGGCUGGAGGUGUUGGUAGGGCAGUUAUAAAACGUCAUACAGCUACUGUGAAGAAAAACACACUCAAGAUACAACUUUACUGGGCUGGAAAAGGCACUACUAGUAUUCCAUACGCAGGAUGUUAUGGCCCGAUUAUAUCAGCUAUAUCAGUUGAUCCGGAAUUUGACCCACCAGGAUCUGGAAAAAAACCUAAUGUUGGUUUGAUAGUGGGGGUGGUUGGUGGAGCACUAUUUUUCGUAGGUCUAAUCAUUGGGAUCUUGUAUAAAAAAGGCUACUUUAAGGGGGACUUAUUAGCAGGCAGAGCAGAGCAUCCAGGGAUGCGACCAGAUACACGAGUCUUUGAACUUGCGGAGAUAAAAGCUGCAACUGGUAACUUUAAUCCAUCGAACAAGCUUGGACAAGGUGGUUUCGGUAGCGUGUAUCAGGGCAAGUUGAUAGAUGGGACCAUGGUUGCCAUAAAACAAUUAUCUUCAAGAUCAAAACAAGGAAUAGAAGAAUUCCUAGCCGAAAUUGCCAUGAUUUCCAUGCUAAAUCAUGACAAUCUGGUCAAACUUAUUGGAUUUUGUGCUCACGAGCCGCUGUGUUUGGUUUACGAAUACAUGACAAACAAUAGUCUAUCUCAUGCCCUUUCUGGCGCUAAGGGGAGGCUGAUAUGGCCUGUGAGGGCACAAAUAAUCAACGGUUUAGCUCGAGGCUUGGCUUAUUUACAUGAAGAAUCAAAUGUUCAAAUAAUACAUAGAGAUAUCAAGCCUAGCAAUGUUUUGCUUGACGAAAAUUUCAAUGCAAAAAUAUCUGAUUUUGGUUUAGCAAAGCGUAACUACAACAGAAAAAGCCACCACACCACAACUAUUAAGGGAACAUGGGCCUAUAUAGCUCCAGAGUAUGGCAGGCGUGGGUACUUGACUCCUAUGGCAGACGUUUAUAGUUUUGGGAUCGUGGCCCUAGAACUUGUUAGUGGAAAAUCCAUCGGGGAGAGCUUUGGCGAAGAUCCCAAUAUAUCCCUCUUUGAUGCGGCAAUUAUUCUAAAAGAAAAGAAAAAAAACCUACUUGAUCUGGUUGAUCCAGACCUAGGGAAUGACUACUCUUCUGAAGAAGCAUUGCGUAUUCUGAAUGUGGCCCUCUUAUGCAUAAACCUUUGCUCCGCCCUCAGGCCAACCAUGACUCAAACCAUCGAAUUGCUAGAGGGUCAAAUGGACAUUGUAGUAUUUGAGCGUGAAAGACUUAAUGAUCAUAAGUUACGAUUUAAGGUCGAGUUUAGGAAACUUAGAAAAGCUCUCCAAAUGAGUGAUGGAGCAGGACCAUCUACCGAGACCUUAAUGACGGAGUCCUUAACGACGGAGUCCUUUGCCACAGAAUCCGGUAUCACCGAGUUAACUUAACACUUAAAUAGUUCGGGUAUUACAAAUAACUAUUUGUGGGUUGGAAAAAGUAAGAUAUUGUGCACAUUAAUUUUAAUUAUGAGUGUAAGAAAUUGAUUGGAACUGGUCAGCAGUUAGGUUAACAAUUCACAUUUAUAUAUUUAUGUUUUUGAGUCAAAGCAAAGUGUUAGUGGGUUGGUUCUCUAUCCUUAAACAUAUUCGCCCCCAUCAGUCUUUCGACUUGCGUUUCGUGGGUAUUGACGAGUUGCCCGUAUGUAGAAUUGUUAAACAUCACUUGCACAAUAGAGAGAUUAACCCGGGGCAAAAGGAGAGAUUUUGGGAAAUAGUUGGUGUGUAAAAUAAUAAGGGA